AUGUUGUCAAGGAGAGUUUUAUCAAAGGAGGAAGAAUCCGAGUCGACGGACGCCGAAGUGACAAAGGAAGAUCAAGACAAGAUCAAUACAUUUUCCAGGUUGCACAACCGAAGUAAAUUGUUGGAGGAGGAAUUGGCGACGAAACAGAAAGAUAAAGAAGAUUUGGAAGAACUUUCUACAGAACUUGAAUUGGCCGACGAGGAUGAAUUGGUACCGUACGUCAACUUUGCCCAGACCAUCAUCGUCUCUCCCCUUUUCUCCUCGUUGUCGACCGACCGAAUAUUGAACGUUUUUGCUCACUCUGUCGACAGAUACAAGAUAGGUGAUUCGUUCAUGCACCUACCACUCGAGGAAGCCCAGGAUCUUUUGAGUUCGGCAACCACCGACAUUGAAGAAGAAGUUUCGACCCUGCAAGAAGAAUUGGGUACCGUCAAGGACGAAAUCGGUCAACUCAAGGCUCACUUGUACGCCAGGUUCGGGAGGGGGAUCAACCUAGAGGCUUGA